CCGGGCUAGACACGUCCAGAAUGUUCUCGUUGGUUCCUGGGAAUUCAUAAAGCCGCCUUUUCUAGAGGGCCUCAUCAUUAAGCUCUUACAAACCGUGAAGAAGCUCGUCUCUUUUACGUUGAGAGCCCAUAUAAUCCCGGCACCGAAGAGUAGAUGCUAAUGUUUGAUGUAAACAGAUGGAACAUCCGAUGGCUUAUACCAAUGCCGAUUGUACAAGAACUCAACACCCGCUGGCCUCAUUGCCACCUAAUUAUCAACUCUUUCAAUGGACAUGGAGGUGAUAGCGUCGACGCUCUCCUCGAUUCGCCUUGCCUCCACUCCUUGAAGGCUUCCUUCUGGGAUUGUGGGCACGCCCACCCCCAAAACAUCAUCGACAUUCUCAAAUCGUCUCCUAACCUCCGAGCCUUCGAGUUCAGAGAAAGCGGAGAUACGGGCUUGCGUCCAGUACCCAAAUCUGUGGGUCCAUAUCGCUUGCAACCAGGCGAGACGUUGCCUCCUCUCGUCCGACUUGUUCUUGUCGGAUAUCGAAUGGCCGACUAUAGGUCGUGGUACCGGGGCGCUUCAAAUGACACCGAAGCGCCGGAAAUAUGGGCAAAUGCCGCAGAUUGGUCACAUUUGAAACAUCUAACUCUCGAAGACUGCUGGAACGGUCAGGAUUACUUGCAUUUCUUAGAUGCCUUGAGCGGCCGAACGCCCGCGCUGCGCAAAUUUGUUUGGAAGGGUGGAACUCAGUUGCCUCACUCAGCGCAUAACCAUCCAUACGCCACACACUUGAGCAGGUUUAUUGAUCAACUCGAAGCUCUGGAAGUUUUAGACAUCGAGAAUGUCUACUUUGGCGACGUGGCGCAGGAGAUCUACCGUCAUGCAGCAACUCUUCGCUCCUUUAGAUUCCAUCGUCUAGAAUCCUCAGUCGGAGAGGACGAGACCCGAUCGCUUUCGACGAGUCAGCUAUUAGGGUUAGUAAAUACGCUUGCAGAGCUAGAGACAUUGACGUUGGAUAUAGAUCUCCAUACCGCAUAGCCACCCCACGGCUUGCUAGAUCUCUAUCAACUCCCAAAACUCCAACACCUUGAAAUCUACACUAACGUUCGUGACCUCCACUCGCCGUCCUUGGAGCCAACAUGGUGCGCCCGCUUAUACCGCUUCCUUCAAACACACAAGCGCGGCUGCGCUCUU